AUGAUCCGAGACGGGCACGUCCUGUCGCCGGCCACCGAUCUAUGGCCGAUGUCGACGAUAGCCAUCGCCGUAAUGUCGAUUAUCGUCACCGCGCUUGCGCAACGGGCUAAUGACUCCUGGCGGGGUGGCGGGCGCUACGUGUGUAGAGGCGGUAAUUGCCUCGGCUUUCGCAGCUGCUGGGCAGAUGGUCGAAAUUCGACGAAGGCCCUCGAGAUACGCGAGCGGCGGGGCAGGGGGAAAUUCGCUUCGGUGCGCAAGAUCCGCCACCUGGUCUCCGGCGAGGAGUACGCCGCCAAGUUCAUACGGAAGCGGAGGCGCGCCGCGGACUCGACGCGCGAGAUCCAACACGAGGUGGCGGUGCUGGCGCUGUGCGGGGGCUGCGAGAGGGUCGUGCGCCUACACGAGGUAUACGAGACGCGAUCCGAGGUCGCGAUAGUCCUCGAGCUGUGCGCCGGCGGCGAGCUUCAGCACUUGCUGGACGCCGAGGAGCGUCUCUCCGAGGGCUCAGCGCGCCGAGCCCUUCGCCACGUGCUGGAAGGGCUCGCCCACCUGCACGCGCGUCGCGUCGCCCAUCUGGACCUGAAGCCGCAGAACCUGCUGCUCAGCUCGCACAACGAGGAGCUGCUCAUCUGCGACUUCGGCAUCAGCCGCGCCAUCCAGCCGGGCGCGCACGUGCGCGAGAUACUCGGCACGCGCGACUACGUAGCGCCCGAGAUCCUGUCAUACGAGCCGCUGUCGCUCGCCGCGGACAUCUGGUCGGUGGGCGUCCUGGCGUACGUGCUCCUCAGCGGCUACUCGCCCUUCGCCGGCGACACGAAGCAGGAGACGUACCUGAACAUCGCUCAGUGCCAGCUCUCGUUCCCGCGGGAGCUCUUCCGCGGCGUCUCGCAGCGCGCCAUACAGUUCAUUAGGGAGACGUUGGUGGUGGACCCCAAGGGUCGUCUUACAGUGGAAGAGUGCCUGGAGCACCCCUGGUUGAAAGACGCAGCGGACCUGCCGCGGGCCAUCGAGGGCGUUGGGUUCGGGGCCGCGCUGGCCAGCGACGACGCCGACUCGGACGACGGCGGCAAUGGCGUCAAUGGCGUCAAUGGAGUCAAUGGCGUCAACGGAGUCAACGGCGUCAACGGAGUCAACGGCGUCAACGGAGUCAACGGCGUCAACGUAGUCAAUGGCGUCAACGGAGUCAAUGGCGUCAACGGAGUUAAUAGUGUUAACGGAGUAAACGGAAUCAACGGCCACACCGUCUUUAAUGGCCACAACGGGACGAACGGAUUACACGACGACAAAGACGAGGCGGACGAGAGCGAGGAGCGCGACAAGCCGCAGAAGCACGCGCACGCGCGCGACACCUCGCCGCCCUUCCCAGACGCACCGUCCACGCCCAAGGUGUCGCGCAAGUCGCGUCCGUCGCCGCCGUCGGUGCUCGCGCUCUGCAAGAAGUUCCAGCCCGACUACGAGAAGCCGGCCACGCUGCCGCACGCGCACGCGCACGCGCACGCGCACGCGCACGCGGGCGGCGAGUGCGCGUGUGCGGGCGCGGGCUGCCUGCGGGUGCGCGCUCGCCCGCCGCCAGACCGCGCCGUGCUCUGC